AUGAAAUUCGUAGUUUUGGCUCUUGCUUUCAUUGGCGCUGCCUCCGCUGGAUACGUCGCCCCAGCCUACACUGGAUACUCUGGCCCAAUUGUAGGUGCUGCGGUAGCUGCUACUCCAGUUACUUAUUCAGCUCCUGCCGUUGCUGCCGCUCCAGUUGCUUACUCUGCUCCAGUUGUUAAGCCAGUUGCAUACUCUGCCCCAGCCAUUGCUGCUGCUCCAGUCGCCUACUCUGCUCCAGUGGUUAAGCCAGUUACCUAUGCCGCUCCAGCUGUCGCUGCUCCAAUUGCUACUGGCUUCCAUGCUGGAUACGCCGCCCCAGCUGUUGCUGCUCCAAUCGCCACAGGCUUCCACGCAGGAUAUGUUGCCCCAGCUGUCGACUACUGGAAGAAGAAGGCUGCUGCUUAA